CUGAUGCUCUAAAUAAUGCCGCUGGAUUCGGCUUUAGUGGUUAUGAUGCUCAGGGAAAUCCCGUUUGGGAUCUUACAGACAAUGUCAGUAUUUUAGGUGUUGAGCUAUCAACUAGUCUGAAGGUGAAUAUUGACAGCUGGAACAAAAAGACGCUGGUCUGGCUGCGACGUGUGGUGUAUGACCGUGCUCCUUGCUACAACACGCUGGCUGUGUUCGCAUGCAGUGCUUUCUGGCACGGUUUCUAUCCUGGCUACUACCUCAUGUUUGGAAGUGGUGCCUUAAUGACGAUUGUUGCUCGGCAGGUAAGGCGCCACAUACGACCUUUCUUCCAAACAUCCCGACCUCUGGUGUACACCUAUGAGGUCAUCACAUUCAUCGCAACUCGUCUGGCCAACAGUUACCUCACGCUUCCAUUUCUGGUGUUGGAGUUUUACGCCUGCAUUGAAAUGUACAAAUCUCUCUACUUUUAUUUCCACAUCCUAACUCUUAUUGGGUUUGUGUACUUCACGUUCUUCAAAAAGCAACAGAAGAGCCUAGACAAAGCACAACCCACAACUUCCGAUCAACUCUCCACAAAUGGCCAGCCUGGGAACUAUCAGAAUGAACAAACAACAGACAAAGAGCGAAGAGCAAGUUUUGAGACAAGAGGAAGUGUUAGCAAGAAUGUUAGUUUUGCUAAUGAGGUCCAGGAGGAAACGGUUUUACGCCGAACAUUGUCUGCAAAGACUGCCGAUGAGCAGUAA